ACAAGUAAUAACAACGUGCAAUGGAUCAAAUUCAGUUAUGACUCUGACGUUUGAUACUACUUUGUUUUGGAUGGCAACAGCCUUGGGAAUUUCUGGAGCUUUUGUCCCAGUUUUCAUUCAAAUGUUUCUUCAUAUCUUCAUGGGAGAAACAGAUAUAGAAGCUAAUUUACGCCGGCAAAAGUGUGAUUUAGAAGCUGAACUUGGAGGCAUUAGUAUGGUUGAUGAGUUUGCCAAAUAUGCCAAAAUAAAGAGAAAAUUAAAUAAAGUUACAGAUGAACUAUCUCACCAAGCUGAUAUGAGAUCAUCAUGUGCAAUGAAAACAAAUUUGAUUUCCUCUGCAAUUCUUUAUUCAUUAGUGAUCAAUAAAUCUGCUUCUAAGUACAUGAAUAUUAUGCUGCACUGA